GCUGUCAGCGCGAGGCGGCGAGCGGAAUGCAGCGGCCGGAGGCCUGGCCACGUCCGCACCCGGGGGAGGGGGCCGCGGCCGCCCCGGCCGGGGGCCCGGCGCCGCCCGCCCGAGCCGGGGAGCCCGCGGGGCUGCGGUUGCAGGAACCUUCCCUCUACACCAUCAAGGCUGUCUUCAUCCUAGAUAAUGACGGACACCGUCUGCUGGCCAAGUAUUAUGAUGACACAUUCCCCUCCAUGAAGGAGCAGAUGGCCUUCGAGAAAAAUGUCUUCAACAAGACCAGCCGGACUGACAGUGAGAUUGCAUUUUUCGGGGGCAUGACCAUCGUCUACAAGAGCAGCACUGACCUCUUCCUGUACGUGGUGGGCUCAUCCUACGAGAAUGAGCUGAUGCUCAUGUGUGUUCUUACCUGCCUGUUUGAGUCCCUGAACCAUGUGUUAAGGAAGAACGUGGAGAAGCGCUGGUUGCUGGAAAACAUGGACGGAGCCUUCCUGGUGCUGGACGAGAUUGUGGAUGGCGGUGUAAUUCUGGAGAGCGACCCCCAGCAAGUGAUCCAGAAAGUGAAUUUUAGGGCAGAUGACAGCGGCUUGACUGAACACAGUGUGGCCCAGAGGGACUUGCCUGGUGGCACAGUGGUUACGAAUCCGCCCGCCAAUGCAGGGGACGUGGGUUCAAUCCCUGGUCCUGGAAGAUCCCACGUGCCAUGGAGCAGCUAAGCCCUUGCACCACAACUACUGAGCCUGCGCUUUAGAGCCCACGUGCCACAACUACUGAGCCUGAGUGCUGUAGCUACUGAAGCCUGCAUGCCUAGAACCUGUGCUCCGCAACAAGAGAAGCCAACGAGAGAAGUCCACAAUGAGAAGCCUGCGCACUGCAGCGAAGAGUAGCCCCGGAUAGCCGCAACUAGAGAAAGCCCGCAUGCAGCAACCAAGACCCAACGCAGCCAGUUAAUUAAUUAAUUAAAAAAAAAUCACAGGGUUUGCGCUCUAUGUGCUUUCCUGUAGAUAAGACAUUCUUCACGGAAAAAGAAAAAUAAAUUAAUCAAAUGGCUGCCAAAUUUUGCUCUCUCGUCAGCAUUUGUGUGGUCCUCAUCUGUUUCCUAAUCUCUUCCUCAUCUCUAUCAACUAAAACUGGAAAAUAUCUUAGAAGAGGAUCCACAGAAAUGAGAGUGAUUCUGUAAUACCCGUGGACUUUAUGUUGUAUAUACAGAGAAGUGCCAUGCCUCAAAAUAGACUCUUUGGUAAGAAAAGCAGUAUUGAUAAAAAUAGUAGAAGUAAAAUAAAGUUUCUUUUGGAAUAAUUUCAAUAGACAUUUACUAACUGGCUGUUCUGAAGCAAACACCUUAAUGGGGGUUGGUGGGAGCUUCUAAGAUGAAUUGGAAGACACAUUUCCUGACCUAAGGAGAUUACAACUUGACAGGGAACAAAGUUGUGUCAGAAAUUAACACUGUUGACAGAGGAGAUGGUGUUACAUAGUAUUUGCCGGAAAGAAGUUGGGGAAAAAGACACCACAAAGGGAGAAAUAGUGUAAGCAAGGCCAAGAGGCAGAGAAUCUGCAUCUAAGGAAUUGCAGGUAGGUACAUGUAGCUGGAGUGGAGGAUGUGUAUUUCUGUGGGGAGGCCUGGGUAUGCUGAGACUUGAAGCUUCUCCCUAAGCAGGUUGUGACCGGAUCAAGGCCAGCGUUGAAUGGUAUGCUAACAGAUCACUGCAGUUACUGCGUUGACUAGUCUCUGCUCCUCAGAAAUAGUAUUUGUCUUCAAAACAACCUAACCAAGUAGAUGCUGUUAGACCCAUUUUUACAACUGAAAGCCCAGGAAUUUGGAUAAUUUGCCUUAGGGCACAGGUGAGAUUUAAACCCAGGCCGGUUUGACUCCAUUACCCACUGCUCUUUGCCCAAACCACGGAGCUUGGUGUGUAUUCUGAAGGUGUUAGGGAGCCAUUAAAGAUUUUGUAGCAGUUAAGUGCUAUACGCUGUGUUUUGAGCAAGGAACCCUGCCAGUGACAUGGAAUGUGUAUUGAAGAGGGACGUAAGAACUUAGGGUCAGUGUAAGACCUGCAGAAGGCACUCGUUUUCUUAUUUUUAUUUUAUUUUUUUUGGUUGUGCAGCAUGUGGGAUCUUAAUUCCCCGAUCUGGGAUCGAACCCUUGCCCCCUGCAUUGGAAGCCCCGAGUCUUAACCACUAGACCACCAGGGAGGUCCCAAGGCAGUCAUUUGCAUUAUAGUCACUUCCUAUUCUUUAUCUAAACAGUGCCACCUGGCUUGAUUGUGCAUCUUGUCACCAAACAGCUUGCAAAAAUCAAGUCCACUCAGAGUUUGACGAGUAAGUACUUUUGAAUUAAUUCAGAUAAUUGCAGGCAAUCAUUCCACAACAGGGCUUCCAAAAGGACCACUUUGUUAGGGACAACGAUUAGACAUUUCUGUUCUGAAAAGUAUGUUAAAAAGUAAUAAACCAGUGGUUACCAAGGGGGAGAGAAAAUGGGGGAGGGGUAAAGUAGGAGUAGGUGAUUAAGAGUUACAAACUACUAUGUAUAAAAUAAAUAAGCCACGAGGAUAUAUUGUACAGCACAGGGAAUAUAGCCAAUAUUUUAUAAUGACUAUAAACGGUGUAUAAUCUUUAAAAACUGGGAAGCACUAUGUUGUACACCUGAAACUUCUAUAAUAUCGUACAUCAACUAUACCUCAAUAAAAA